GAUGGACUCUCAUUAUGAAUAUGUUAUACAAUUAUACAAAAAUCAAAUACAAGAUACUCUCCUUUUCCCACCCCAAUGCAAACCAAAGUGGAACCUCUUCCUGGCCUCACUGAUGGACUCUCAUUAAGAAUUCGUUAUGCAAUUUGGUGGUGGUCAGUGUGUUCAAAAGCAAAGACAAGGAAUAUUCUUAAUAAUACUCUCCUCUUCCCACCACAUUUUGUCUUAUCCUGGAGUAUAUUUCUCCAAUUUAAAAGAAUCAAUAAAGGGCGAAUAAUAAUAAUUUUCAAUUACUUUCCGAUACAUUACAUCAAUCAUAACUUUAGUCUAGUGUAGUGAGUAGUUUUAAAUUGUAACGUGGAUUGUUAUAAUCCAACCUAAUUGUUUAAUAAACCGGUUAAAUUUAACGUAGUGUUCUGUUUGGAAAAUGUAAGUAUGAUUAUGUUAUUAUUAUUCAUUAUUUAAUAACUAAUUUAGUAAUUAUGCAGAUAAAUAUGCUACCUAAAAUAAUGAGAAAGGAGGGAAAUGAAAGUGAUUCUUUCACUGAUGAUGAUGAUAACGAAGGAGAAAUUAGUAGCAGUGACAAUGACACGACCCCCACAAAGAGAGCUCGAAUGUCGUCAUCAAAGUCAUCGAACUCAUCCGGAUAUCAGUCCACUCCACGCAGGGUCACUCGGUCCAUGAAAACGGGGGGAGGGACAAGUUCAGCAGCAGCAAAUAAGGAGUUGAGAGGAGCAUUUGAUGAUGAUGACGAUGACGUCACGGUUGGUGAAAGCACUGACGAUGAGGUUGAUGAAUUAGAAGACCCUGAUGAAUUAGUAGAAAAAGAGCAGGUGGAUUUAAAAGAUUGGAAACUUGGACAAAUUGACGAUAUUUUUGAAAAGAUCAAGGCUAAAAUGGAUGAGUCAAAGGCUGGAAGGAAAAGAAUGGCAUUUUCCACUCUUCGGAGUUUCAUAGACAAGUAUGAAAACGUUAAGCAAGCCACAGAAGUUCUUCCUGAAAUGCGCAUCAAGGAAUAUUUUGUCAAACUGCCUCCUCCAACUGACAAUCAGGAAUACAAUGAUGCUGUUGCAAAUUUAGAGGAACAGGACAAGGCUCGAGGAAACCGAAAUGUCAAAUUAAAAUGUCCUUUGCAACCCUGUCCAACAACUUUUGCUACUAUAUGGAAUGCAAAGACACAUGUGCUUGCAAAACAUUUGAAGCUAAUGUUGUUUGGUUGCCAAAAAUGCCCACUCAGGUCAUGGAAAGAUUAUCCGAACAUGAAACAUCAUGUUAUGUCCAGUCAUUUUGAUGUCAAACAUAAAUGUCCAGAUUGUCUCAUGUUGGUAAAGAAAUUGUUCAAUUUGGAUCUUCAUGCAAAACUAGGUCAUGUCACACCAACUGGAAAAGAAAUAUUUUUCUCUCCAUCACAGCGUAAAAUCGACAAGAAGCCAUUUAAACCUGAGUAUAUAACAGCCAAGUUCGGAUGCACGUAUCAACUCUAUGUCAUCCCAUGGGUGGAUAAGAAUGGGAAGCUGGUUGAUAUCAGUAUUUGUUUUACCAAAUUUGAUGAUAUCAAAGAAGUAGCUCGUCAAUUGUGGACGGACAUCGUCAAUGCCUGUGAAAAAAUUGUCAACGAAGUCGAGAAUGACGAAGAGCACGUGAGUGAAAGUUGGGUUGAGAUGUGUGGAUCAGCAAGAGCAGAACGCGCAAAGGGUCAUGAAAUGCGUCCCGACCUGGCUUUCCCCCUUGAAGUGUAUGGAGUCUCACUCAUCGUGGCUUGUCAGCUAAAGUGGUUUGCAAGACUUUACUACGACUGCGUCAAAAUCAUGUCCACCGGAGAAAGCAAGUAUUUUUUCCAAAAGUACAACCAAGAAUUGAAAGAUUUGUUCAAUGCUGCCCUCACGAAUGUGAAUAUGCCCCAGAAGAACAUCGAUCAUGUUAACCUGACUGGAGCACAAUUUAAUAUGCCUGUUGAUGAGUGAUAAUUUGUUUUUGUUUUAUUAAUGAACUAGUCUAUUUGUAUCGUUGUUACAAACUUAAUAAACUUAAAUAAGCUCAACUUCUAA